GAGUUUUAAUAUUUUUCAAACAUGAAUUUUCUUCAACUGAUGAUUGUCGUGAUUCUCGUGGUUCUCUAUUAAUGAGUACAACGGUAAUGAAAAAGUGGAACUUACAACUACUGUCAAAAAUUAUAAACCAAAGAAUAACACAAGAAAAUGGCCAGCAGUUGAAGCAAAGUAUUUAGGAGUUGUAUAUGACAACCACAAUAAACUUCCCAAGAACUGUGAAGGACAAAAAGUUGAAGUUCAAAUGAUGAAAAUUGAUAAAGAACAAUAUGGAUGGGUUAUAACAGAUAUUUUAAAUGAGUAAAACAACGUUUUUUCAAUGAAUAUUACUUUUA